AUGUUCCCCGCCAUCUUCUGUCUCGGCUUCCUAGCCUUUACUGCCUUGGCCCAAUCCGAUCGGAGACCUUAUGCGCCACCAUGCGAAGCCACUUGUCUGACUGGAGACGAGGUCAAUCGCCUGCUCGAUGGCUUCAAGAAUAUCCUGCUCAAGCGCAGCAGCGAAGAAGAAGCUGCCCAAAUCGUAACGGAGGACUUCACCUGUACCUCGGACAGCGUCAAUUACGUUCACCAGAAUCCUGUAAGAAAGCAUGUAGUCCUCUGAGCUCCAGACCAUGUCAUACUGACCGUCGUCGCAGCUCAAUACCACCACGACUCAAGGUCGGGAAGCCCUCCUGAAUGAGCACCACGGGUCGCCUGUCGCAGACAUCAAGACGCUCUUCAGUUCGUAUACAUGCGAUUCCAUCACUUGGUAUCUCGAGAUCGAAAAAGAACUGCCCGUCCGGAUCAUCGCGAUUUACUUCGUCGACAAUCAGAUCAAGAAGAUCUAUAAGGCUUACGAGGAGGGCAAUGCUGCUGUUGAUCUGCAUCAGAUCGGCAACCCUGAAUGCCAGCCGGGCUUCAAGGUGAGCGUUGGGAAAGAAGGCAUUAUUCCUGGAUCCUCCAAUUGCAAUUCUGGAGCGUGCGGACAGCCGAUGGAGUAUGGAGGCAGCCGAGGACAGCCGAUGCAGUAUGGAGGCAGCCGAGGACAGCCGAUGGAGUAUGGAGGUGGCCAGUGA